AUGCAGACUUUUACUGAUGGACGCUGUCAAAGCCAGAUCAGUUUUCUGCGGCGGCAGUUCUUGCAGGGCGACGAUCUUCCCUUCGGCGAGGUGCUCUCGAAGAAAGCCGUAUCGCAAGCGCUCGCGACCUCUGGCGUCGUUUGGAAGCAGCGCGUCUACUCGCCCUUGGUGACGCUGUGGGUAUUCCUCGGUCAGGGCCUCAGCGCCGAUCAUUCGUGCCGAUCAGCGGUCGCUCGCUUGAUUGCGCAUCGUGUCGCCCAAGGCGAGUCCAUGUGCUCGGCUGAGACGGGCGCUUACUGCCAAGCCCGGAAGCGGCUCGCAGAGAAGUUUUUCUCGACGGUGGCAAGGUUGGUGGGCCGGGAGUUGGACGCUCAGGCGCCCUCGGACUGGCUCUGGAAGGGGCGCCGUGUCCACCUGUUCGAUGGCUCGACGGUCUCCAUGCCGGACACGCCGGCGAAUCAAGACGCUUACCCGCAGCACGACGCUCAGCGCCCGGGGCUCGGCUUCCCAAUAGCGUUGCGUGACGCGGUCGAGAAACGGCGGCCCAGGCACGGCGAGCUCUUGCAUCACAGCGACCGCGGCUGCCAGUACACGAGCGACGGCUACCAGAAGACGUUGAGAACGCUCGGGAUCGAGGUCUCGAUGAGCCGAACGGGGAACUGCUACGACAACGCCGUCGCCGAGCGAUUCUUCUGGAGCCUCAAGCACGAGUGGACCAACUGGAGGGCACACGCCACGAUGGACGAGGCCCGGCUGAGCGUCUUCCGCUACAUCGAAACGUUCUACAACUCCAGGCGGCGUCACCAAACGCUCGGCUACAAGUUUCCCCCCCGCCGGUGUCCGAAAGUACUGGGCUAUCGCACGCCCACAAGCUCAACGCUCACGGGCGCGGAAGCCCUUGGCGACUGGACAACCGACGCCCCGGGCGUGCGGCGAAAGAUUACAGUCGAGGACUUAGCAAGGCCCUACGCGACGCCGUCGGCGCAGAACCAUCCCCGCAUUGUCGAUCGCCCCGAGGGGGCUUGGCCGCAGGCGCCGGCGGGAUUCGAGGUGACCGAGUUCGCGACGGGGCUCGAAGAGCCUCGGGUGAUCCGCCGCGCCCCGAACGGGGACCUUUUCGUGGCCGAGAGCCGCGCCGAUCGCAUCCGCAUUCUUCGCGACACCGACGGCGACGGCAAACCCGAGGUCAACCAAGUCUUUGCCACGGGCCUGAAGCGGCCUUUCGGGAUUGCCUUUUACCCCGUUGGAUCGGAGCCAGAGUUUAUCUACGUCGGCAACACUGAUUCGGUGGUCCGCUUCCCGUACAAGAAUGGCGACACGAAA